AUGGUUUUAUGUUCGAAAUUAAACUAUAAAUGUCCAGAUCUUUUAAAAAGGGUAAAGAUCAUGGAAAAUGUAAGGAAGGAAUUGCCUUAUACCUAUAAAGUACCAGAAAAUUUUGAAGAGCUGCAAGAAUAUUUGCAAAAUUAUAAUGCUGAUUACCAAUCGGUUAUCGUGGAUCGUAUAAUUAAAUGUAAUCGUUGCCCAACGAAUAAUGCAGAUGAAGGAAAAUUGUCAAAUUUAUUUUUAUUUUUGUUACAACAUGUAAAUAAUCAUGUUGUAGAAAAUGAUGUUGGAAGCAUAGUUAAUGGUUUUCAAAUUAUUGAUAGAUUGUCUCCUUUCUUAUACGACCUUGCUCAUCUAAAUCCACAGAAUGCCAAAUCUGUUAUACAAGGAAUAAUCAAAGAGAAGCACGACGACUUUGAAAAAAAUAAGAAGAAAUACCCUGGCCUAGAUACGCUAAUUUUCUUCAAAUUAGUUUCUUUGAUAUUUCCAACGUCUGAUUUCAGACAUCCUGUAACUACUGCCUGUGCAAUAUUUAUGUCUGAAAUACUAUUUAGAUGUCGUAUUAAAAAUAAAAUAGAUAUUUCAGAGGGUCUUUUUAUAUGUACACUUAUAUUAGAGUAUACGGUAUUAAGUAAACGAUUUACUCCAUAUGUGAUAAAUUUCUUACAUGCAAUAAUUUGCAUAUCCAGUCCUAAACAUCUAAUUCAAGAUAUAAAAAUGAUACCAAGCUUUAAAAGAAUCAAACACUCAGGAAAUUUAUUAAUACUAAAUGAAGAUCAAUCUAAGUUAGAUGUUAAUCCAAGUAGUAGUUAUAUGAAAGCGUCCGAUCUGAUAGACGAACCCUUAGACGAUGAUUUCAAAAUAAGAGCAUUAUUAAUAGCUGUAAAUUUAUUGGGAGAAUUUAAAAAUCAUCUAGAAGAACUGCAAGCUGUGUAUUCGAUAUUCGAACCAAUUUGAAAAUCGAAUUCUUUUGACAAAUAUCCACCAAACGUGAAGAAACAUAUUAUGCAAUUACGAAACGACUUGGAAGAACUAAAGAAUAAAAAAUUAAAAUAUAUUAUGGUUGAAAAGAGGAAACCAAAACCAUUAAGACUAUAUGAGCCGCGAAUUGAAGCAGUAUAUGACGGUAAGAAACAUAAGACUAUGUCCAAGAAGAAAGCUGAAAGAGAAAAGUUGUUGCACAAGUAUAAAAAAGAAAUGAAAGGCGCUAUGCGUGAAAUACGAAGAGACAGAGCUUUCUUAACGAAACUACAAAUAAAACAAGAGAUUAAGGGCGAUGAGGAACAUAAACGCAAGGUAAAAGAAAUCUUUGGAGAAGCUUCAGUACAACAGAGUGAAUUAAAGAAAUUAAAACGGAAGAAAUAAUAGUAAGAGAAUAAACAGCGCAUUCUGGAGUCUGUAUAUAUUAUCUUUCUUAGACAAUAUUGCUAUUUUGAAUGAUUUGUAUAAGAUUGUAUUAACGAUGACUUAGGAUAUAACGAAUCGUGAUCGCUAUAUUAGCGUUUCUUAAGAUUCUUAUAAUUUCAUUAAUUAUAAUAAAUGUAAAUAAACAUUUUCAUAACCUUA